UUGUUUAUCUAAUUAAUUUUAAAUGAACGGGCAAUUAAAAUUAUGUAUGCUCACAAAUGAAAAAAAUAAAAACUGUAACUAUUUUUUUUUUGAUAAUAGAGUAAUCUGUUGAUUUUAUUUUCAUUGUUUAUUUACUAUUAAUCAAAUAAAAAGCGAAAAAAAAUUGAUUUAGAAGAUUUUAUGAUAUAAUAUGUGGAUUAUGGCUUUAGGUAAAUUCAGUUUUACAUAUUGCCCUCAGAACACCAGAAUGCAGCUAGCGGCUCAAUGCUAGGUAAUAGCUAAACUCAGCAGGAAGGAUUGGAGGGAUUUCUGAGUUGAAUUAAUCAAAAGCUACUGUUUAAGCACAGGAUCAUCAGGUUUAUAAAGAUCCCUCCCCAUCUCCUAGCAACCAGUGUAUUCAGGCUAAACAAGCGUGCACUGAGGGUUAAAGCAGGUGCCAUGGUGACCAACUUUCCGCUCCUGUUUGGUCAACUGUAACCUGCUGCAGGACAAUGCCAAGCACCUGCUUUUACCCACACGGCAACGGACAAUGGCCUUCACCUGGUCCUCCUCACCGUCAGCGCAGGCAGGUAGGCUGCACCAACCGCUGGAGGCUGGCCCAAACCGCGGCUGGGGACAUGCUGGGCCAGGCCCAGGCCUGGAGAGCAUUCAGCCUGACCAAUCAGACCACAGGCUCAGCUUAUACACUUCAGUUGUGUGAAAUCCCCUCCAGUCAGGAGUCUCCCGUCCUGCUGACCAGUAGUCUGCCACCUAUCGCCGCCAGCCAGCCUGCAGGAGCCUGUCCAGGUGUCCCUCACUGUCCUGAACAGUCCUUCUUUGUGCUCUCCCAGGAAGUGACCCAGAACGCCAAACCAGAUGCAGUGCUGCAGUGUUUGGGGAGCAUCUGGGAGCUGCACUUGCCGUAUCUUUCCAGGUCGAAGACAUUGUCCGAGCUUUACAUGAACUACAAGAAGCAAAGGAACAAACUGUUACAGGAAAGAUCAGGCUGUAUUCGAGCAGGGAUGUCUGGAUGGCAUGGUGGUGUUAGACGCUGGACACAGACUCUGAAAGAAGAUGGAGGGAUGACGUGGAUGAGCCGAGGAAGCCUCAGGUGCACUCUGCUGCAUCUUCCAGUACAUGACCACUCUGUCACCAAAGAGGCUGUAUCGUUUGCUCUGCGGACGCUAUACCGGCCAACGGAGAGUCCUGAGCAGUGGGGAGAUGCAGUACUCUCUGCUGCCGUCCUGCUUGGCCUUCCAGACCUAUAUCAGAGAUGUCUGGACGGGAUGAUGGCUACUAUCACUUCUGACACAGUAUGUGACUUUCAUCAGGCUUCCUGCAAGCAUAAGCAAAUAGGUCUUCAGGCUGCAUGCGAACACUGGCUGGAGCUGUUUCUUGUCACUGAUCUCUCCAGUCAUAUUGGCCUGAGGGACUUGCCCUUUGAACUUCUGCUCAGAACCCUGCGAUGCUCAAGAGUGUUUGCAGUCCGUGAAUAUGAUCUACUUCAGACGGUCCUGUACUGGAUCUACCUGCAGUUUAAUACCAGUAAACAGACUCUGCCUUCAUACAGCACAGUCAUCAGCUUCUUCUGCGGAAUUACAGGGGCAUUUCUGGAGCAGCCUGUGGGCUACAAGUACGUUCCUCUCUUUGAGGCUCUUCAUCUGCAUGGGAUCACUGAGCGACACCAUGUUGAAGAGAUGGAGAAGAUGAAUGUGUUCCCUCAUUCCUGGCUUCUCCACACCUUCUCCAGCCACUACUGCUCGAUCCACAGCGGGGGAGACAUGAACGUGACAAACUUUUCCAAGCACAGUGUCCGCUUCGGAAUGAUCGUUGGAGGGGAACUGCAGGAAUACACUCAAGCCGUGGGUCUCUAUGGCUUCUACUUCCUCCUCAAGACUUCUAGAGUUGGAGACGCUGAUGAAUUUGGCUUCUCUCUGGAGAGGUUAAGGCACUGGGACCCUGCUCUGACGGAGAGCUGCAGGACGACUCAGCCGUUCAGUAUGAGGGCUGAGCGAUGUGUGUGUUAUCAGAUCAGAGUGCAGAGCUGUGGGGGUGGAGAGUGGAUGGAGAAGAGCAGUGGAGUUAUCAGUCAAGUGUUUGGACUGAGCAAGCGCUGCUCUAGGAGCAAGGUGUUUGCAGCUGGUGGACUCUCCCUACCAUUAUAUGUGACAUUUGCUCUGGCCUUCCCGACACCAUGAAACCGUGAGGACAUCUCUCUGCAAACUGAAAGAAAUAAAAACAACACUGUGGUUUGGUUUCUGUGCAGCAGAACAUGA